UAUUAUCGUAAACCACAGAAAUACCGUAAUGAUGAGCAUCCAACCAUCAACAACAAUAAUAUUAGAACAAAUGCAACAACAGCAGCAGCAACAACAACAAGAACAACAAUUAAUAAUUAUAACUAUUUAGAGAACAACAGAUGUAGUAACAGUCAUGUCUCCAAUUCCAAUUGCAAUUCCAAUUUGAAUUUGAAUUUGAGUUUGAAUUCAAAUUACGCUUCCCUCGAUCAUGUGCAGGAACAACAGCAGCAUUAUAAUAACAACUAUUACUAUUAUUACAACUACAAUUUGAGCUAUGCCCCACCGCCGGCAGCACCACACGAGUGCCUACUCGGCGGUCCAAAGGGUCGCCUUCAACAAUUGAAGCGUCGCACUCGCCACGAGUUACAACAGUGGCCCCUUCUCAUGCAGUUGGUCGUAUUGCUUCUAUGGUUGCAUGGAAAAUUCUGGCAGAUUAUACGGGAGCAUAUCCUGAUGCAUAGAAGACGCUGGCAUUGAGAUGAAUCGGGCAGUAAGAUCCUAAGCUUAAGUUGACAACAAUUAUGCCACACUCUUAAUUCAAACUUAAACUUCAAUCUCAAUAAAUAUAACCAAAAUAA